CCCCAAAACCGGGGGGGUGACGGGGGGGUGACGGGGCCCUCUCCUCUUGCUCCACCAGGGACACGAAGGGACCCGAAGGCCGCCAAGAGGCCCGCGAGCGAAGGGUUGAGGGAUCCGGCCAGGAGCGGCAUCCCAACGAGAUGGAGAUGGAGGAGGAGACCCGGGAGAUCCUCCUGCCCAACUGGCAGGGCAGCGGCUCCCACGGCAUCACCAUCGACCAGACGGACGACGGCGUCUUCGUCAAGCAAGUGCAGCAGAACUCCCCCGCCGCCAAGAUGGGCGUCGUGAAGGAAGGGGACCAGAUCGUGAGCGCCACGGUCUACUUCGACAACCUGCAGUCGGGCGAGGUGGCGCAGCUCCUCAACAGCAUGGGGCACCACACGGUGGGGCUGCGCCUGCAACGCAAGGGGGACCGCUCGCCGCUGCCGGGGCAGUCCUGGGCGCACGAGGCCUUCGGGGCCGGGGGCGCGGAGGUGGUCUUGAGCGGGGACGACGAGGAGUACCGGCGGAUCUACACGACGAAGAUCAAGCCCCGGUUGAGGUCGGAGGAGACGGUGGAGACGGAGUGCGGUGGGACGCAGAGCAGAACCAUCACGGUCACCAGGAAGGUCACGGCCUACACCGUGGACAUGGGCGGGCGCGACGGGGCCGGAGACAUCAACGUGGUGGGCCCGGACUUCAAGGUCCGCAUCCCGGGCCAGGCUCCGUCCCCCACCCUGGACUGGAGCACGGGGCUCAAAGGGGCAUCUCCGGGGGCUUCCUGCUCCUCCGGGGGCCCCCAGCAGCUGGACGUCCACCUCGGCGAGGUCGGGAAGCACCCAAGGACUCAGAUGGACUUGAAGCUGCCGGAGAGCCGCCUUCCUGCUGGAGAAACUGGAAAAGCUGUUACGGUGGAGCUGCCGGGGCCUGGGCUUGAUGCGAACGGACAGAUGGGAGGCCCGGAGGCAGGUUUUCACCUCAAAGGCCCUGGGAUGGAGGGGAAAAUGGAGGGGAAAAUGCACGUUUCUGGCGUGGACGGCCAAUUCCACGGAGGGAUCAAAGCGCCCGGCCUGGACGUCUCCUUGCCCGCCACCGAAGGUCCAGCGGGCGAUGCCGGAACGGUGGGGAAAGUCAAGAUUCCCGUGUUGAAAAUGCCCAAAUUUGGGUUCGCUGCUGCAGGGCCCGGCCUCGAGGCCAACGUAGACGUCGGAGGCGGCCACGUCAAAAUGCCGCACGUGGCCCUCCCGAAAUUCACCGCAGAAGGGUCCGCCGUGGAGGUGGGGAAGGUGGGGCCCUGCCAGGUAGACGUCGGCGCUCCUGGGGUGGCUGUCAAAGGAGAGUGGACAGGCCCGAUGUUCAAAAAGUCCGAAACGCCCCAAAUUUCUCUGUCGGACGUGAACCUGAACCUGAAAGGCCCCCACGUGAAGGGAGAUCUGGGUGUCGCGGUAGAAGGGGACGCCAAAGGACUUGGCUCUGUCACGAAGGGGCUCAAGGUGGACGUGAAGGGUCCUGGCGCUGAAUUUGGAAGCCCAGAAGGUUACUUGAAAGGGCCCGGCAUAUCGGCACCUUCCAAGGUGUCGAUGCCCGAUGUGGACGUUAACGUGAAGGGACCCAAACUCAAAGGAGAAAUGGACGUUUCUGUCCCCAAAAUAGGUGGCCACUUGAAAGGGCCUCAGUUUGGUGUUGAAGGCCCCAAGUUGGGAAUGGACGUGCCCGACAUCGAUGUCAAAGGCCCCAACGUGAAGAUGCCGGAGGUGCACGUCAAGGCCCCCCAGGUCUCCAUGCCCGACGUUGACUUGAACCUGAAAGGCCCCAAAGUGAAAGGGGACCUGGAUGUUUCCGUCCCAAAACUGGAAGGAGAGCUCAAAGCCCCCGGACUUGACAUCAAAGCUCCUGGACUCGACAUCAAAGGCCCUGGUCUUGACGUCAAAGCCCCCGGACUUGACAUCAAAGCCCCCAAAGUUGACAUUGAAGCACCAGACGUGGACAUCCAUGGCCCAGAAGGUAAACUGAAAAUGCCCAAACUGAAAAUGCCCAAGUUUGGGGUGCCCGGCCUGAAGGGAGAGGUUCCAGACGUCGACGUGUCGCUUCCAAAGGGCGAGGUGGACAUUUCUGCUCCCAAAGUUGAUAUUGAUGUGCCAUGCGUGGACAUCAAAGGCCCAGAAGGAAAAGUGAAGGGCCCCAAGGUGAAGAUGCCCGAAAUGCACUUCAAGACUCCCCAGAUCUCCAUGCCUGACAUCGACUUGAACCUGAAAGGCCCCAAAGUGAAAGGAGAUGUGGAUGUUUCCGUCCCAAAACUGGAAGGAGAGCUCAAAGCCCCCGGACUUGAUGUCAAAGCCCCUGGACUUGACAUCAAAGGCCCUGGUCUUGACAUCAAAGCCCCCGGACUUGACAUCAAAGGCCCCAAAGUUGACAUUGAAGCACCAGACGUGGACAUCCACGGCCCAGAAGGCAAACUGAAAAUGCCCAAACUGAAAAUGCCCAAGUUUGGGGUGCCCGGCCUGAAGGGUGAGGUUCCAGACGUCGACGUGUCGCUUCCAAAGGGCGAGGUGGACAUUUCUGCUCCCAAGGUAGACAUCAACAUGCCAAGUGUAGACAUUGAGGGGCCAGAAGGAAAAUUGAAGGGCCCCAAGGUGAAGAUGCCCGAGAUGCACAUCACAGCACCCAAGGUCUCCCUGCCAGAUGUGGAUCUGAACCUCAAAGGCCCCAAAGUGAAGGGUGACGUGGAUGUUUCCAUCCCCACGAUGGGUGCUGAUUUGAAGGGUCCCGAAUUACACCUCAAAGGCCCCAAGGUCGACAUUGAAGCACCAGACGUGGACAUUCACGGCCCAGAAGGUAAACUGAAGAUGCCCAAACUGAAAAUGCCCAAGUUUGGGGUGCCCGGCCUGAAGGGAGAGGUUCCAGACGUCGACGUGUCGCUUCCAAAGGGCGAGGUGGACAUUUCUGCUCCCAAGGUAGAUAUUGACGUGCCAAGCGUGGACAUCAAAGGCCCAGAAGGAAAAGUGAAGGGUCCCAAGGUGAAGAUGCCCGAAAUGCACUUCAAGACCCCCCAGAUCUCCAUGCCUGACAUCGACUUGAACCUGAAAGGCCCCAAAGUGAAAGGAGAUGUGGAUGUUUCCAUCCCAAAACUGGAAGGAGAGCUCAAAGCCCCUGGACUCGACAUCAAAGCCCCUGGACUUGAUGUCAAAGCCCCCGGACUUGACAUCAAAGCCCCCAAAGUUGACAUUGAAGCACCAGACGUGGACAUCCACGGCCCAGAAGGUAAACUGAAGAUGCCCAAACUGAAAAUGCCCAAGUUUGGGGUGCCCGGCCUGAAGGGAGAGGUCCCAGACAUCGACGUGUCGCUUCCAAAGGGCGAGGUCGACAUUUCUGCUCCCAAAGUUGAUAUUUCUGGUCCCAAGGUAGAUAUUUCUGCUCCCAAGGUAGAUAUCAACAUGCCAAGUGUGGACAUUGAGGGGCCAGAAGGAAAAGGGAAAGGUCUCAAAUUUAAGAUGCCGGAACUAAACGUUCAGACACCAAAACUCUCCAUGCCAGAUGUAGAUCUCAGCUUGAAGGGCCCCAAACUGAAAGGAGAUGUGGAUAUUUCUGGUCCGAAGGUCUCUGGAGACCUCAGGGGACCCAAAAUAGAUGUGGAAGGGCCCAAAGUGGAUGUUGAUAUGCCGGAGGUUGAGUUGGAAUGUCCGGAAGGGAAAAUUAAAGGCCCCAAAUUUAAGAUGCCGAAGCUGAAUAUCAAGGGACCAAAAAUAUCCAAGCCGGACGUAGAUCUGAACGUAAAGGGACCUAAAAUAAAGGGAGAGGUGGAUGUUUCUGCUCCAAAGAUAGAGGGUGACUUGAAAGAGCCUGGCAUUAAUAUUAAGGGUCCGAGCGUGAAUGUCGAGGUCCCAGAUGUCAACCUGGAGUGUCCAGAAGCCAAACUAAAAACGCCCAAGAUGAAAUUGCCUCAUUUUAACGUGUCCGGCCCGAAAUUAGAGGGCGCCGACAUCGAUGUAAACUUGCCAAAAGGAGACAUAGAUAUUUCAGGGCCAGAGGCAGAUAUCGAAGUGCCAGACGUGGAGGUUGGGGGGCCGGAAGGAAAAUGGAAGGGGCCCAAAUUCAGGAUGCCAAAGCUGAACAUCAAAUCACCUAAAAUAUCCAUGCCUGAUGUAGAUCUCAACCUGAAGGGACCCAAAGUGAAAGGAGAAAUGGAUAUUGCAGCUCCGAAGAUAGAAGGAGAUCUGAAAGGGCCAGAAAUAGACAUUAAAGGACCUAAAGUAGAUGUUGAGGUCCCCACUGUUGACGUGGAGGGCCCCGAAGGGAAGCUGAAAGGUCCCAAAUUCAAGAUGCCGGACAUCAAGACAACCAAGAUCUCCAUGCCUGACGUGGACAUUAACCUGAAAGGCCCCAAAAUGAAAGGUGACGUUGACGUCUCAGCUCCGAAGCUGGAAGGGGAGCUGAAGGGCCCAGAUGUUGACAUUAAAGGCCCCAAAGUGGACAUUGACAAACCAGAUGUGGAAAUUCAUGGUCCUGAGGGAAAAUUCAAGAUGCCCAAGUUCAAAAUGCCCAAGUUCGGCAUGCCGGGCUUCAAAGCAGAAGGCCCCGAAGUGGACGUGAACCUGCCCAAAGGAGAAUUUGAUGUUUCUGGCCCAAAGGUGGACAUUGAAGGUCCGGAGGUGGACAUAGGGGUGCCAGAAGGGAAGGUGAAGGGUCCCAAGUUCAAGAUGCCUGAAAUGCACAUCAAGACAACCAAGAUCUCCAUGCCUGACGUUGACUUGAACCUGAAAGGCCCCAAAGUGAAGGGAGAUGUGGACGUGUCUCUCCCCAAGGUGGAAGGUGAGCUGAAAGGCCCCGAGGUGAACAUCAAGGGCCCCAAGGUGGACAUUCAGGCUCCUGAUGUGGACGUUCAUGGUCCUGAAGGAAAAUUCAAGAUGCCCAAGUUCAAAAUGCCCAAGUUUGGCAUGCCAGGACUGAAAGCAGAAGGCCCUGAGGUGGACAUGAACCUGCCCAAAGGAGAAUUUGAUGUUUCUGGCCCAAAGGUGGACAUAGAAGGUCCGGAGGUGGACAUUGAAGGUCCUGAGGGGAAGCUGAAGGGCCCCAAGUUCAAGAUGCCCGAAAUGCACAUCAAGACGCCCAAAAUCUCCAUGCCUGACAUUGAUCUGAACCUGAAGGGUCCCAAAGUGAAGGGAGAUGUCGAUGUGUCUCUUCCCAAGGUGGAAGGAGAGCUGAAGGGCCCAGAUGUUGACAUUAAGGGCCCCAAAUUGGACGUGGACCUUCCUGAUGUUGAGUUGGAAGGCCCUGAGGGGAAACUGAAGGGCCCCAAGUUCAAGAUGCCCGAAAUGCACAUCAAGGCUCCCAAGUUCUCCAUGCCUGACGUUGACUUCAAUCUGAAGGGCCCCAAAGUGAAGGGAGAUGUGGACGUGUCUCUCCCUAAAGUUGAAGGCGAGCUGAAAGGCCCUGAGGUGGAUAUUAAGGGCCCCAAGGUGGACAUUGACGUCCCAGACGUGGACGUUCAUGGUCCUGAGGGAAAAUUCAAGAUGCCCAAGUUCAAAAUGCCCAAAUUCGGCAUGCCGGGCUUCAAAGCAGAAGGCCCCGAAGUGGAUGUGAACCUCCCCAAAGGAGAAUUUGAUGUUUCUGGCCCAAAGGUGGACAUAGAAGGUCCGGAGGUGGACAUUGAAGGCCCUGAGGGGAAGUUGAAAGGCCCCAAGUUCAAGAUGCCCGAAAUGCACAUCAAGACGCCCAAAAUCUCCAUGCCUGACAUCGAUCUGAACUUGAAAGGCCCCAAAGUGAAGGGAGAUGUGGACGUGUCUCUUCCCAAGGUGGAAGGCGACCUGAAGGGCCCUGAAAUCGAUAUCAAAGGUCCCAAGGUCGAUGUGGACCUUCCUGAUGUUGAGCUGGAGGGCCCUGAAGGGAAGCUGAAGGGCCCCAAGUUCAAGAUGCCCGAAAUGCACAUCAAGGCACCCAAAUUCUCCAUGCCUGACGUGGAUUUCAAUCUGAAAGGCCCCAAAGUGAAAGGAGAUGUGGAUGUGUCUCUUCCCAAGGUGGAAGGUGAGCUGAAAGGCCCCGAAGUGGAUAUUAAAGGCCCCAAGGUGGACAUUGAUGUACCAGACGUGGACGUUCAUGGUCCUGAAGGAAAAUUCAAGAUGCCCAAGUUCAAAAUGCCCAAGUUCGGCAUGCCGGGCUUCAAAGCAGAAGGCCCCGAGGUGGAUGUGAACCUGCCCAAAGGAGAUAUUGAUGUUUCUGUCCCGAAGAUGGAUAUUGAGGCACCGAGUGUAGACAUUGAAGGUCCUGAAGGGAAAGUUAAAGGUCCUAAAUUUAAGAUGCCUGAGAUGCAUUUCAACGUUCCUAAGAUCUCCAUGCCCGACAUCGAUUUGAACCUGAAAGGCCCAAAAGUGAAGGGGGGUGUUGAUGUUUCUGCCCCGAAAUUGGAGGGAGACUUGAAAGGACCCGACUUGAAUAUUAAAGGCCCGAAGUUGGAUGUUGAUGUUCCUGAUGUUGACAUUGAAGGUCCUGAGGGCAAAUGGAAAGGACCCAAGAUGAAAAUGCCCGAUAUGCAUAUUAAGGCACCGAAAUUUUCUAUGCCUGAUGUGGACCUCAACUUGAAAGGACCCAAAAUGAAAGGAGAAAUGGAUGUUUCUGUACCGAAAAUAGAAGGUGAAUUGAAGGGGGCCGAUCUGGAACUUAAAGGGCCCAAAGUAGACAUAGAGGCCCCAGAUAUUGAACUCGAAUGUCCAGAAGGAAAGCUGAAGGGUCCCAAAUUUAAGAUGCCCGACAUGCAUUUCAAAGCCCCCAAGAUCUCCAUGCCGGACUUUGAUUUGAACCUGAAAGGCCCCAAAGUGAAGGGGGAUGUGGAUGUGUCUCUCCCCAAGGUAGAGGGAGACCUGAAAGGCCCAGAAGUUGACAUCAAAGGCCCUAAACUUGAUGUGGACCUCCCUGAUGUUGACCUAGAGUGUCCAGAAGCAAAGGUGAAGGGCCCCAAGUUCAAGAUGCCAGAAAUGCACUUCAAGACGCCCAAAAUCUCCAUGCCUGACAUCGAUUUGAACCUGAAGGGCCCCAAAGUGAAGGGAGAUGUGGACGUGUCCCUCCCCAAGGUGGAAGGAGAGCUGAAGGGCCCUGAAAUCGAUAUCAAAGGCCCUAAACUGGACAUUGAAGCUCCUGACGUAGAUAUUGAAGUCCCAGAGGGGAAGCUGAAGGGCCCCAAAUUUAAGAUGCCCGACAUGCAUUUCAAAGCCCCCAAGAUCUCCAUGCCGGACUUUGAUUUGAACCUGAAAGGCCCCAAAGUGAAGGGGGAUGUGGAUGUGUCUCUCCCCAAGGUGGAGGGUGACCUGAAAGGCCCAGAAGUUGACAUCAAAGGUCCCAAGGUCAAUGUGGACCUUCCUGACGUUGACCUAGAGUGUCCAGAAGCAAAGGUGAAGGGCCCCAAGUUCAAGAUGCCAGAAAUGCACUUCAAGACGCCCAAAAUCUCCAUGCCUGACAUCGAUUUGAACCUGAAAGGCCCCAAAGUGAAGGGAGAUGUGGAUAUUUCUGCUCCCAAGAUUGAAGGUGACCUGAAAGGCCCCGAGAUAGAUAUCAAAGGUCCUAAACUGGACAUUGAAGCUCCUGAUGUGGAUAUUGAGGUCCCAGAGGGGAAGAUGAAAGGUCCCAAAUUUAAGAUGCCUGACAUGCAUUUUAAGGCUCCCAAGAUCUCCAUGCCAGACUUUGAUCUGAACCUGAAAGGCCCCAAAGUGAAGGGAGACGUUGAUGUUUCUGUUCCCAAGCUAGAAGGUGACCUGAAAGGGCCAGAAGUUAACGUAAAAGGUCCCAAAGUAGACAUAGAGGCCCCAGAUAUUGAACUCGAAUGUCCAGAAGGAAAGCUGAAGGGUCCCAAAUUUAAGAUGCCCGACAUGCAUUUCAAAGCCCCCAAGAUCUCCAUGCCGGACUUUGAUUUGAACCUGAAAGGCCCCAAAGUGAAGGGGGAUGUGGAUGUGUCUCUCCCCAAGGUAGAGGGAGACCUGAAAGGCCCAGAAGUUGACAUCAAAGGCCCUAAACUUGAUGUGGACCUCCCUGAUGUUGACCUAGAGUGUCCAGAAGCAAAGGUGAAGGGUCCCAAGUUCAAGAUGCCAGAAAUGCACUUCAAGACGCCCAAAAUCUCCAUGCCUGACAUCGAUUUGAACCUGAAAGGCCCCAAAGUGAAGGGAGAUGUGGAUGUUUCUGCUCCCAAGAUUGAAGGUGACCUGAAAGGCACCGAGAUAGAUAUCAAAGGUCCUAAACUGGACAUCGAAGCUCCUGACGUAGAGCUUGAAGUCCCAGAAGGGAAAUUGAAGGGCCCCAAGUUCAAGAUGCCCGACAUGCAUUUCAAAGCCCCCAAGAUCUCCAUGCCAGACUUUGAUUUGAACCUGAAAAGCCCCAAAGUGAAGGGAGAUGUGGAUGUGUCUCUCCCCAAGGUGGAGGGUGACCUGAAAGGCCCAGAAGUUGACAUUAAAGGCCCGAAACUGGACGUGGACCUUCCUGAUGUUGAGCUGGAAGGCCCUGAGGGGAAACUGAAGGGUCCCAAGUUCAAGAUGCCCGAAAUGCACAUCAAGGCUCCCAAAUUCUCCAUGCCUGACGUUGACUUCAAUCUGAAGGGCCCCAAAGUGAAGGGAGAUGUGGACGUGUCUCUCCCUAAAGUUGAAGGCGAGCUGAAAGGCCCUGAGAUGGAUAUUAAGGGCCCCAAGGUGGACAUUGACAUGCCAGAUGUGGAUGUUCAUGGUCCUGAAGGAAAAUUCAAGAUGCCCAAGUUCAAAAUGCCCAAGUUCGGCAUGCCGGGCUUCAAAGCAGAAGGCCCUGAGGUGGAUGUGAACCUGCCCAAAGGAGAAUUUGAUGUUUCUGGCCCAAAGGUGGACAUAGAAGGUCCGGAGGUGGACAUUGAAGGUCCUGAGGGGAAGUUGAAGGGCCCCAAGUUCAAGAUGCCCGAAAUGCACAUCAAGACGCCCAAAAUCUCCAUGCCUGACAUCGAUCUGAACCUGAAGGGCCCCAAAGUGAAGGGAGACGUGGACGUGUCUCUUCCCAAGGUGGAGGGUGACUUGAAGGGCCCUGAAAUCGAUAUCAAAGGCCCCAAAGUGGACGUGGACCUUCCUGACGUUGAGCUGGAAGGCCCUGAAGGGAAGCUGAAGGGGCCCAAGUUCAAGAUGCCCGAAAUGCACAUCAAGGCGCCCAAGUUCUCCAUGCCUGACGUUGACUUCAAUCUGAAGGGCCCCAAAGUGAAGGGAGAUGUGGAUGUGUCUCUCCCCAAGGUGGAAGGCGACCUGAAGGGCCCUGAAAUCGAUAUCAAAGGUCCCAAGGUCGAUGUGGACCUUCCUGAUGUUGAGCUGGAAGGUCCCGAGGGGAAACUGAAGGGCCCCAAGUUCAAGAUGCCCGAAAUGCACAUCAAGGCACCCAAAUUCUCCAUGCCUGAUGUUGACUUCCAUCUGAAGGGCCCAAAAGUGAAGGGAGACGUUGACGUGUCUCUUCCCAAGGUGGAAGGUGAGCUGAAAGGCCCCGAUGUGGACAUCAAGGGCCCCAAGGUGGACAUUGACAUGCCAGAUGUGGACGUUCAUGGUCCUGAAGGAAAAUUCAAGAUGCCCAAGUUCAAAAUGCCCAAGUUUGGGGUGCCCGGCUUCAAAGCAGAAGGCCCUGAAGUGGACGUGAACCUGCCCAAAGGAGAAUUUGAUGUUUCUGGCCCAAAGGUGGACAUAGAAGGUCCGGAGGUGGACAUGGAAGGCCCUGAGGGGAAGCUGAAGGGCCCCAAGUUCAAGAUGCCUGAAAUGCACAUCAAGGCACCUAAAAUUUCCAUGCCUGACAUCGAUCUGAACCUGAAAGGCCCCAAAGUGAAGGGAGAUGUGGACGUGUCUCUUCCCAAGGUGGAAGGAGAGCUGAAGUGCCCAGAUGUUGACAUCAAAGGCCCUAAACUGGACGUGGACCUUCCUGACGUUGAGGUGGAAGGCCCUGAAGGAAAGUUGAAAGGCCCCAAGUUCAAGAUGCCCGAAAUGCACAUCAAGGCUCCCAAGUUCUCCAUGCCUGACGUUGACUUCAAUCUGAAGGGCCCCAAAGUGAAGGGAGAUGUGGACGUGUCUCUCCCCAAGGUGGAAGGUGACCUGAAGGGCCCUGAAAUCGAUAUCAAAGGACCCAAGGUCGAUGUGGACCUUCCUGAUGUUGAGCUUGAAGGCCCUGAAGGGAAGAUCAAAGGCCCCAAGUUCAAGAUGCCUGACAUGCACAUCAAGGCACCCAAAUUCUCCAUGCCUGAUGUUGACUUCCAUCUGAAGGGCCCCAAAGUGAAGGGAGAUGUGGAUGUGUCUCUUCCCAAGGUGGAAGGUGAGCUGAAAGGCCCCGAGGUGGACAUCAAGGGCCCCAAGGUGGACAUUGACGUACCUGAUGUGGACCUUCAUGGGCCAGAAGGUAAAAUAAAAAUGCCCAAGUUCAAAAUGCCCAAGUUUGGGGUGCCCGGCCUCAAAGCAGAAGGCCCAGAGGUCGAUGUGAACCUCCCGGAAGCUGAUGUCUCCAUUUCUGGUCCAAAGGUUGACAUUAGUGUUCCUGAUGUGGACAUAGAAGGUCCAGAAGGAAAAAUAAAGGGCCCUAAAUUUAAGAAACCUGACAUGCAAUUCAAUGUUCCUAAAAUCUCCAUGCCAGACAUUGACCUUAAUUUGAAAGGCCCUAAAGUGAAGGCUGAUGUUGACCCUUCUCUUCCCAAAAUUGAGGCUGAGCUGAAAGGUCCUAAGCUGGACAUCAAAGGGCCAGAAUUUGAGGCUGAGGCACCAAAGCUUGAUAUAGAAGGAAAGGGCAAAAAAUCCAGGUUUAAGCUGCCUAAAUUCGGCUUUUCUGGGCCUAAAGUGCAAGGCCCUGAGGUGGAUGUAAAGCUUAAAAAGCCAGACGUUGAAAUAUCGGGUCCUAAAGUUGACGUUCAAGCUCCCGAUGUUGAUGUGCAGGCAAAAUCGAAAGGCUCAAAGUUUAAAAUGCCUUUCCUGAGUAUUUCCUCACCUAAAGUUUCGAUGCCAGACGUGGAGCUAAAUCUGAAAGGGCACAAACUGAAAGGAGAGCUAGAUCUCAGCAGCCCCAAGUUGGAAGGGGACCUGAAAGGCCCCGAGGUGGACAUCAAGGGCCCCAAAGUCAACAUCGAGGCACCCGAUGUGGACAUUCAUGGUCCUGAAGGAAAACUCAAAAUGCCCAAAUUCAAAAUGCCCAAAUUUGGAGUGUCCGGGGUUAAGGCUGAGGGGCCAGAAGUGGACGUUAGCAUUCCCAAGGGAGACCUGGAUGUUUCGGGUCCCAAGGUGGACAUUGAAGGUCCAGAGCUGGACAUUGAAGGGCCAGAGGGGAAGCUGAAGGGCCCCCAUUUCAAGAUGCCCGAAAUGCACAUCAAGACCCCGAAAAUCUCCAUGCCCGACAUCGAUCUGAACCUGAAGGGCCCCAAAGUGAAGGGAGAUGUGGACGUGUCCCUUCCCCAGGGAGAUCUGAAGGGACCCGAGUUGCAUUUGAAAGGUCCAAAAGUGGACGUGGAGGUUCCAGACGUUGACAUUGAAGGUCCCAAAGGAAAGGUGAAAGGCCCCAAAUUUAAAAUGCCAGAAAUGAACAUCAAGGCUCCCAAUAUUUCCAUGCCGGACUUUGACUUGAAUUUGAAAGGUCCCAAGGCGAAGGGAGGCGUGGAUGUUGAUCUUUCCAUGCCAAAACUGGAAGGGGACUUGAGCGGGCCAGAAAUUGAUAUCAAAGGGCCAAAGGUUGACAUCAGCGCACCUGAGCUGGAGGUGGAAGGGCCAGAUGGAAAAUGGAAAGGCCCCAAGUUUAAAAUGCCAGAAAUGCACAUAAAGGCUCCCAAAAUUUCCAUGCCUGACACAAGCCUGAACCUCAAAGGUCCCAAGCUGAAAGGAGACAUAGAUGUCUCUGCUCCAAAGCUAGAAGGAGAUUUUAAGGCUCCCGAUAUCAAUGUUGAAGGUCCCAAAGUGGACAUUGACAUGCCAGACGUGGACAUUCAUGGCCCAGAGGGUAAACUCAAGAUGCCCAAGUUCAAAAUGCCCAAGUUCGGCAUGCCGGGCUUCAAAGCAGAAGGCCCCGAGGUGGACGUGAACCUGCCCAAAGGAGAAUUUGAUGUUUCUGGCCCAAAGGUGGACAUUGAAGGUCCGGAGGUGGACAUUGAAGGUCCCGAGGGGAAGCUGAAGGGCCCCAAGUUCAAGAUGCCUGAAAUGCACAUCAAGGCGCCCAAAAUCUCCAUGCCCGACAUCGAUCUGAACCUGAAGGGCCCCAAAGUGAAGGGAGAUGUGGACGUGUCCCUUCCCAAGGUGGAAGGCGAUUUGAAAGGAGUUGAGCUGGAAAUGAAAGGACCCAAAUUAGACGUAGAUGUUCCUGAUGUGGAUAUUGAAGGACCAGAAGGCAAGUGGAAAGGCCCCAAACUGAAGAUGCCGGAGAUGCACAUUAAGGCACCCAAAAUUUCCAUGCCAGACUUUGAUCUGAACCUGAAAGGCCCAAAAGUGAAGGGGGAUGUGGACGUGUCUGUGCCGUCUGUGGAAGGUGACUUGAAAGGGCCGAAAGUUGAUAUUAAAGGUCCUGAGCUGGAUGUUGACGCCCCAGAUAUCCAUCUUGAGGGUCCGGAAGGGAAGUUGAAGGGUCCCAAAUUUAAGAUGCCCGACAUGCAUUUCAAAGCCCCCAAGAUCUCCAUGCCGGACUUUGAUCUGAACCUGAAGGGCCCCAAAGUGAAGGGAGACGUUGACGUGUCCCUUCCCAAGGUGGAAGGCGACCUGAAGGGCCCUGAAAUCGACAUCAAAGGUCCCAAGGUCGAUGUGGAUCUUCCUGAUGUAGAGCUGGAAGGCCCUGAGGGGAAGCUGAAGGGCCCCAAGUUCAAGAUGCCCGAAAUGCACAUCAAGGCACCUAAAAUUUCCAUGCCUGACAUUGAUCUGAACCUAAAAGGCCCAAAAGUGAAGGGAGAUGUGGACAUGUCUCUCCCUAAGGUGGAAGGCGACCUGAAGGGCCCAGAUGUUGACAUUAAAGGCCCCAAAGUGGACGUGGACCUUCCUGACGUUGAGCUGGAAGGCCCUGAAGGGAAGUUGAAGGGUCCCAAAUUCAAGAUGCCCGAAAUGCACAUCAAGGCUCCCAAGUUCUCCAUGCCUGACGUUGACUUCAAUCUGAAGGGCCCCAAAGUGAAGGGAGAUGUGGACGUGUCCAUGCCUAAGCUGGAGGGUGAGCUGAAAGGCCCCGAUGUGGACAUCAAGGGCCCCAAGGUGGACAUUCAGGCUCCUGAUGUGGACGUUCAUGGUCCUGAAGGAAAAUUCAAGAUGCCCAAAUUCAAAAUGCCCAAAUUUGGCAUGCCGGGCUUCAAAGCAGAAGGCCCCGAAGUGGACGUGAACCUGCCAAAAGGAGAAUUUGAUGUUUCUGGCCCAAAGGUGGACAUUGAAGGUCCGGAGGUGGACAUUGAAGGCCCUGAGGGAAAGCUGAAGGGCCCCAAGUUCAAGAUGCCCGAAAUGCACAUCAAGACGCCCAAAAUCUCCAUGCCUGACAUCGAUCUGAACCUGAAGGGCCCCAAAGUGAAGGGAGAUGUGGACGUGUCUCUUCCCAAGGUGGAAGGUGAGCUGAAGGGACCUGAAAUCGAUAUCAAAGGCCCCAAAGUGGACGUGGACCUUCCUGAUGUUGAGCUGGAAGGCCCUGAAGGGAAGUUGAAAGGCCCCAAGUUCAAGAUGCCCGAAAUGCACAUCAAGGCUCCCAAAUUCUCCAUGCCUGACGUUGAUUUCAAUCUGAAGGGCCCCAAAGUGAAGGGAGACGUGGACGUAUCGCUUCCCAAGGUGGAAGGUGAGCUGAAAGGGCCAGAAGUUGACAUCAAGGGCCCCAAGGUGGACAUUGACGUACCAGAGGUGGACGUUCAUGGUCCUGAGGGAAAAUUCAAGAUGCCCAAGUUCAAAAUGCCCAAGUUCGGCAUGCCGGGCUUCAAAGCAGAAGGCCCCGAGGUGGACGUGAACCUGCCCAAAGGAGAAUUUGAUGUUUCUGGCCCAAAGGUGGACAUAGAAGGUCCGGAGGUGGACAUUGAAGGUCCUGAGGGGAAGUUGAAAGGCCCCAAGUUCAAGAUGCCCGAAAUGCACAUCAAGGCACCCAAAAUCUCCAUGCCUGACGUUGACUUCAAUCUGAAGGGCCCGAAGCUGAAGGGAGACGUGGAGGUUUCUGCACCUGAUCUGGAAGGUCCCAAAGUUGAGAUCGAGGCCCCUGACAUCGACAUCAAAGGCCCUGAGGGGAAGCUGAAGGGCCCCAAGUUCAAGAUGCCCGAGAUGCACAUCAAGGCUCCUAAAAUCUCCGCCCCAGACUUCGAUCUGAACCUGAAAGGCCCCAAAGUCAAAGGUGACUUGGACGUGUCGGCGCCAGGAGUGGAAUGUGAGCUGAAAGGUCCCGAGGUCAGUGUGGGCACUCCAAAAUUGGACAUUGGGGCCCCCGAUGUUGACAUUGAGAGCCCGGAGGGUAAAUUCAAGCUGCCCAAGUUCAAAAUGCCGAAAUUUUCCAUGCCUGGCUUUAAAGGGGAGGGGGUGGAUGUGGACGUGAACCUCCCAAAGGGAGAUGUGGACAUUUCGGGCCCCAGCCUAGAGGUGGAGGGUCCUGAUCUCAGUGUGGAUGGGAAGCUCAAAGGUCCCAAAUUUGCGAUGCCCGAAAUGCAUAUUAAGGCUCCUAAGGUCUCCCUGCCCGAUGUUGACUUAAACCUCAAGGGGCCUCAGCUGAAAGGGGACGUAGAUAUUUCUGGCCCCAAGCUUGAAGGUGAUUUGAAAGCUCCCCAGAUUGAUGUGAAAGCCCCCAAAAUAGAGCUCGACGCUCCCAGUGUGUCCAUUGAAGGUCCGGAAGGGAAACUCAAAGGCCCGAAAUUCAAGAUGCCCGAAAUGCACAUCAAGGCGCCCAAGUUCUCCAUGCCUGAUGUUGACUUCAAUCUGAAGGGCCCCAAAGUGAAGGGAGACGUGGACGUGUCUCUCCCCAAGGUGGAAGGGGACCUGCAGUGCCCAGACAUUGACAUCAAAGGCCCCAAAUUGGACAUCCAGGCACCCGACGUGAACAUCGAAGGGCCAGACGGAAAAGUGAAAGGGCCCAAGAUGAAGAUGCCAGAAAUGCACAUCAAGACACCCCAGAUCUCCAUGCCAGAGAUAGACCUGAACCUAAAGGGGCUGAAGCUGAAGGGCGAUGCUGACAUCCAGGGCCCGAAGCUGGAGGGAGGUUUGAAGGGUCCUGAGGUUGACAUCAAGGGCCCCAAAGUCGAUAUCCAGUGCCCAGAUGUUGACAUUGAAGGUCCGGAGGGAAAACUGAAGAUGCCUAAGAUGAAGCUGCCCAAAUUCGGCCUCAAAGGGGAAGGUCCUGACGUGGACGUGAACCUGCCCAAGGCAGAAGUUGACCUUUCGGGCCCCAAGGUAGACAUCAGCGUCCCGGAUGUGAGUAUCGAAGGUCCGGAAGGCAAACUGAAAGGUCCUAAAGUGAAGAUGCCAGAAAUGCACAUGAACAUGCCUAAAAUCUCCAUGCCCGAGAUCGAUUUGAAUUUGAAAGGCCACAAAACCAAGGGAGGCUUCGACCUUUCGGCCCCAAAGAUAGAAGGCAACCUGAAGGGUCCCGACGUCGACAUCAAAGGGCCCGAAUUGGGGAUCAAAAGCCCUGAGGUCGAUGUUGAGGGUCCCGACCUGAACAUCGAAGGUCCGGAGGCCAAUGUCAAACUUCACAAGUUUAAGAAGCCAAAGUUUGGGUUUGGGAUGAAGAGCCCCAAGGCAGACGUCAAGGUCCCGGGGGCCGAGGUGGAUUUCCCGGAGGCUGAGCUGAACGUGGAGUCGCCCGACAUCAGCAUCUCUGGAAAGGGCAAGAAGAGCAAGUUCAAGAUGCCGAAACUUCACAUGAGCGGCCCCAAAGUCAAAGGCAAGAAAGGCGGCUUUGAGGUGAACGCGCCCGGUGGAGAGCUGGACGCGAGCUUGAAGUCUCCCGACCUGGACGUGAGCGUGGCUGGCCCCGACGUGACGAUAAAAGGGGACGCUGCGGUGAAGUCCCCCAAAGGGAAGAAGCCGAUGUUUGGGAAGAUCUCCUUCCCAGACGUUGAGUUUGAUCUGAAAUCGCACCGGUUCAGAGGGGACGCUUCCGUUACGGUCCCAGAAGUCGAAGGGAAACUCAAAGCGCCAGAGCUGGAGGUCAAAGGCCCGGGUCUCAACGUGGAUGUGGAGGCUCCCGACGUGAACCUGAAGACACCAAAAUUCAAACUUCCUGGCGGGGACUUGAAAAUGGAAGGAGACCUGAAGGGCGCCAGCGUCGACGUUGCUGUUCCCUCCGUCUCGGUGCCAGACCUCGACCUCAACGUGAAAGGACCAAAAGGCAAAGUGGAAGUCGGCGUCCCCACGGCGGAACUGGGAGGUCCCGAGGGAAAGCUGAAGAUGGGGAAAAUGGGGCUCGGGGUGGACGUCCCCGAUGCCAGCUUGGGUAUCUCGGCCGGAGGCGUGGGAGGAAGCGUGAGCCUCCCGAGUGUUGAUGCCAAGCUGAAAGGCCCGCAUGUCUCCGGACCCGAUUUUGAUGGAAACCUGAAAGGACCAAAAAUGAAGGGCGAUCUGGGUGUCGAAGGGCCGAACGUCAGCCUGGGCGCACCGGACGUCAGCGUUGGAGGCUUUGGAGGAAAACUGAAGAUGCCCAAACUCAAAUCCCCGGACUUGGGCGUGAAGGGAGGCAUCGAAUGCUCCGUCCCGCAGCUGGAGGCAGAUGUGAAAGCCCCGGGUGCAAAUCUCCACCUUGGCGCCCCCGACAUCGGUCUCAAAGGACCCUCGGUGGACGUUUCGGCCCCGGAUCUCAAUGUGAACCUGAAGGGAGGCCUCGACGUGAAGUCCCCCAUCGCCUCGGUGGGGGCGGCAGAGGUUGGCUUUGAAGACCUGAGCGGCACCAUCAAGCUCCCGUCCCUCAAACUCCCCCAGUUUGGUAUUUCUGGCCCUGGAAUCAACGGGGCGGAUGCGGGCGUCAGCAUCGAAGGCCCGCAGGUCCAAGGAGGGCUGAAGGGCUCGGGGGCCGGGUCGGAAGGAGCAGAGCUGGAAUUGAAAGGGCCUCAACUUCAUCUGCAAUCCCCCGGCGUUUCCUCGCCCGAUGUCGACCUGAAGCUGAAAGGACCAAACAUCAAGGAGCCCGGCGCCGGCCUCCACCUCGAGGGGCCGUCCUUGGACGUGUCUGCGCCCAAAUUGAACAUCAAGGGGCCGAAAAUCAAAGGUGGCGCCGCCGUUGCCGGAGAGGCCAGCGUGGCCAGUGGUGGUCUCCACCUCGCCGGCCCCAAGGUCACGGUGGGCGUCCCGCAGGGUAGCGCGGAGGGCAGCCUGGGAAAAGUGUCCUUCCCCAAGCUGCGCAUGCCCAAAUUCGUCUUUUCUGAGCCCGAAGUGAAGGGCAGGGAGGUGGGGGUGGACGUGGAGUUCCCCGGGGCCGACGUCAGCCUCCAGGAGCCCGAAGCGGAGGACGGCAAGGCCAAGAAGUCCAAGAUCAAGAUGCCCAAGUUCAACUUCUCCAAGGCCAAGGGGAAGAGCGCGGGGGGCGCGGGGUCCCCGGAGCUGCCGGCCCACGGGGUAGACCUGAAGGCCUCCAAGGCCAGCCUGGGCUCGGUGGAGGGGGACUUGGACGAGGGGACGACGGCCAAGGGCAAAUUCUCCCUCUUCAAGAGCCGCAAGGCGCGCCACCGCUCCUCGUCCUUCAGCGACGACCGCUCGGCCCACUCCAGCCCCACGGGGACCCUGGAGAUGGAAGGGGCCGCCAAAACCAAAGCCCCCAAGAUGAAAUUCGGGACGUUCGGCGGCAUGGGCUCCAAGACGAAAGGCUCCUACGAGGUGACGGGGAGCGACGAGGAGGCCGCCAAGCCUUCGCGCCUCUCCUCCUCCUCCAGCACCGACAGCACCACCAAGAUCGGGGUCCGCAUGCCCUCGGUGGAGCUGACGGUGGCCAAGAGGAAGGAGUAGCGGCGUUGUAGAUAGGCGCCCGUGUACAUACGUCGCCCGCCCGGGGCUGUACAUAGGUUUUGUAGCUUAACGACGCCUCCGACAGCAAUUAAGGCCGGGCGGUGGACGGAGGCCGCCCGGCGCCGCGCGCUUCGCCCUUCACUAUUUGAUAUUUCGAGCUAUUUUGAUAAAAAAAAAAAACAAAAAAACAAAAUGCCUAUUUCCCUCCCAGGUUCUUUGCUCGUUCUCUUCAGUGUUUUGGUUCAUGGAAACGUGUUUAUUUUUUUAUUUUAUUUUAUUUUAUUUUUUUUUUUUUGGCGGGGAGUUGGUUUUUUUUAGUUUUGUUUUCCGCUUCUUUUCGGGCUCGUCAGCGGGGGAGGAAGGGAAAAAAAAAUAAAAAUAAAUAAAAAAAAAACAACGACGAGGCGAUGGAAAAAAAAAAAAAACACAAGGAAAAUAAUCCCGUGGUUGGGUUGCGCAAAAGGGCGCCGGCAUCGGGUAACAGGGGCUGGCCGCAGGGAAAUGCCUCACGCGGCGGCCUCCGGGGGCGAAUUUUUGUGUCAAAUCCCAAUUUCUGUUAUUUUUUUUUAUUAUUUUUUUUUUUUUUCUGUGGAAUUCCUGGUUUUCGACAAGCGGAGGUUGGAGUUACAAAAGGGGGGGGGGGGAAAGCAAAGGAUUUAAAAAAGAAUAAUAUAAAAAAUAAAAAAAGGAUAAAAAAGCAAAAAGUUUUUUAAAAAAUAUAUAUAAAAAUAAAACCAACGCCCUUUCAGCACUUUAUUGGGAAAUUAACGGAGAAUGUAAAAUGCAAAUAAAAAGUUUAUUAACCGUG